GGGUGUUAAGACUACGCUACCAGAAAUACUUAAUCUGUGAUCUGUGUUUUGACCCCUGAAAAACGAUGGACACGCCACUUCCUUCUAAAUUUAGCCACAUUCUCGUCGGCGCUCGGUGAGCAACCAAAGCGCCGUCCUCAUGUAGUUUAUGUGACCAGAAUAAGCCGCUGGUCCCUCGAGAUUGGCUGAAGCUCCGCUGCGCUCCAUUGCUGCUAUGCGCUUCUGCACGUUCUGAGGGCUCGCGACAGAACGCCGUCAUCAUCCGGGCAAGAAAACACGAGCUAUGGCGCAGGGGAACCAUUUCCUAAACAUCCCUAAACAGGAGGGUCUUUUCACGACCAUUAAGAACGGUCGAACCGGGGAGACCCGCGAUGAUUCCCCCGUCGAAGAUGAGGAUGAUGAAGAAACCGAGGAAGUCGUGCGAUUCAUACCGCGGUGCUCUCCUGUACCGAGAAAGCGCGGCCCAUCGAUUGCAGACGAGACAGCGGAGUACAUGCGGAUUCGCCUCACACUUCCACAGAGGAGAGUGUCGUUCGCCGACGCUUCUGGACGCGAGCUGGUCGACGUGCGAGAGUUCGCUGCCUUCGACUCCGACGACGAAGAGGACAACUCUAACUGGGAGGAAGAAGAGGCGAAGUGUCGCAGAACUUACCUCGAGCCCGUGUACCUACUGUGGCCUGAGUUCCAGGCUCGUGUGGGAAGCGACCUGACGCUCGCGGUUAGCGCUAAUAAAGUGGAAGUGGAGAAAGUGACAGUAGCGCCGGAGGAUCCGCUCUCUUUUGACGCGCUCAUAUGCGUCCUGAACGUUUCUUUUCAGAAAUGUGUCUACGUUCGGUCCACCAUGGACGGCUGGAUCACUCAUUCCGACUCAGCCGCCGAGUACGUGCAAGGUUCCCACGACGGUGAUACCGACAAGUUUUCAUGCAGGCUGUCCUUCGCAGAGCCUUAUCUGUUUACCGGAGCGCGCAUCGACUUUGUCGUGCGUUAUAACACGCCUGAUGGAGAGUUCUGGGCAAAUAAUUCAGGCAGGAACUAUUCAGUAUCCCUUGUCGUAUCCUAUGAAGAAGAGACAGCUCCAGUUAAUAAGGUAGACGACAGAGAAAUGAAAGGCAUACUGAAGCCUCCAAGAUACAGAGAACAGGAUGACUUUGACUUCUAUCCGGACACAGAUGAUGGGAAUGAGUACAAUACAGAGAGAGGUGCAGCUGCUGAGGUUCCCUCACCGGUGUGUCCGCUGGUAAUUGAGCCGGAGAUUGACAUUGAGGUUCCUGAAGCUCUGAUUGCUCCGUCUAAAUCCAGAGAAGACCAUACAUUAGCAGAAUCACUUCCUCUGAGUGCUGACAGAAAAGAUGAACAUCCUCUACAGGAUUUAACUGAAAAUCCACUACAUUCAGACCAUCUAGAAAAAGGUCAAGGCACAGAAUUACUGAUAUCCACUGAGAACGUUAUUUCCAUGCAGAAUGAAGCCCUAGAUAAUGCCUCAACUUUAAACUGUGAUGUGCAUUCUGACAAGCUUAACCAGCCCUUUUGCCCAAAUCAAGAAAACCCCCAAUCAGGCACUGCAGUCCAAGCAACUUUUGACUUAGACAUAACUUUACCAGGCAUAUUUCCAAGCAUCCAAGAUAUGGGGGAAGAAUUAAAAGACCACAAGCAGAACAAUGUAAUACAGUCUGGAGAAUGGAGAGAAGCACAACUUCAAGACCAGACCAGUGAAGUAGUGGAAGUUGGCAACACUGAAUCUUUAAAACAAGAGUCUCGAGAAUCAACUCAGCAGUGUUCCUUAAAUGAUUUGAUCACUGCCAGUGUGAGUAAAGGCAAAGGAGAUUUUAUUCAUAGCACAGGUCAUGAUAUCCUGCUUGAGGAAUCACAUGAGCCAUUACUGGAGAAUCCUGAAAUGCAGAUGAUGAAACAUGACACUAUCAUCAGAAGGGAAACCAGUGGAAAGGAACAAGCUGAUCUAAGCGUAAGGGAAGUUCCAGACAUGAAUGCAUCUUGUUUGUGGCAACCAUUUGAACCAACCAACCUGGGGCAAAAGAGAGAAGAACAUGUGAUCCAAAAUUCUCCCAACUCUCAAAGAACACCUGACCCAGAGGUAGCAAAAUAUCAAGACCAGGGGACAGAGCCUGAACUGAAGGAGGUGCAUGAAGUCUUUUCUGUAAAUGUAGACACUCCAUAUGGCCCUGAGAACACAGCAACUAAAGAGGAAAGCCAAGUGUUAACAUCUCUUUCCAGUGCCACAGCUACGUCCCAAAGUUUGACCACCACUGAAGAUUCAGUGUCAUCGGAGGGUGGGGACGGUGAGACUUCCAUGACACAAGAGGAAUCUUUAUCUAAUGAAAAGUUUGAAUUGUACUCUGAUGACCCUGCCUCAUUUCAGAAACAAGAAGGAUUAGAAAGCCAGCCUGCACUACCCUGUAAGACCUUAGAGGCUUCUUCUGCAGAGGUUGACGUGACUUUACGCACUCUGAUUCCAUCCUUUGCCUUUCUAAGUGCUACUGUCUGCUUGAUAGUUGGGUUCUAUGAACCUAGCAUCUUCCUUAUCAUGGCACUUUUCCUAGUUUCCCUCUGUUUUUAAUUGUUUGUUUUAACACCUUCUCAAGUGCCUUUUUUCAGAACUUGAAAAAUACUUCAAGUACAACUAGUCUCUUAUUAGUGUUUGUGGUGUCUACAUAGCAUAGUUAUAUAUAUUAAGCAACCAUUAUUUAUUCAGAGUUAUUUUUGUAUGCACUGCCUAUGAUUUGUGUAAUAUCACUGUGAUUAGUACUAAUACAUAAUCUGCUAGAUAAGGUCAGCAUAGUACGCAGUGUUUUCCAUUAAAUAGGAUGAUUUGGGAUAAAGUCCUUCUCCAGCAGUGCAGUCAAGGUCUAUAUAUUGCACUGAAAUUAAAUAGUUAAUUAUGUAGAAUUGUAAAUAGCAAAAAAAUCCACUUAACAAACUUGAGUCAUUAGUACUCUGUAUGCCUAUUAUAGCAAAUAACUCCUAACCGCUCCAUGUCUGAGCUAAUUAGGUGGCAUUGUGGGAUGUUCUCCCAUUUUCCAUGAAAUACACUUUAAUAAAAGUCCCUCAUAGUUUCUUCUUAAAGCUGUUCUACAGGAAAACCUCUCUGAAGGCAAAACCUUUAUAAGGUUCUCCCAGAAGGACAAACUGGAUAUGCUUCAAUGGUAUAACCUUAUCUCAUAGUGCAAUUGCUUGGUAUAAUGUUUAUGGCUAGUUCUUGGAGGGCAAUCUGUCCUGCCACUAGGAAACUUUGUCUGUAGACUUGGUACUCAGUUAGCGCCUAUUUUUUUGUCCUGUGACAUUUGAAGCCUAAUGGAAUUUACAAAGAACUGACCAUGUGUGAUCAUUGUUUCUGCUUGUUGUAUGUUUUUAGCCGUCUUCAGCAUAGAAUCCUGGCCAUGUAAGAAAGACUUGAACAGAAAGUAAUAUAAGGAAAAGAAAGUAAUAUAAUAUUAAAGAAAGUAAUAUAAUGUUAAAGUAAGUUAUAUAUUGUUCAAUGUUCUAGACAGACUUUUAAUGAAAAUUAACCGGCAGUGGCUUAAAUAUGUAUGUAAGUACAUUCAGGUACAAGGUAAUCGCCCUAUCUGCUUUCUUCAAUGUAGCAUCAAAGAUACAGAAAGUGGUGUUAGGUUCAGGCUUUACUUACAGUGUUUACACACAAGGAGCAUAUUUAUGACAGAGAGGAAAGGGAAGCAUUGACCCCUAUUUGACUAAUGAUGUCAUAAUGAAUGAAUGAAUAUCAGCAGUGAUUGGCUAAUGUGGUAGCUGUAAAAUGAUGAGUGCACAAUGCCAUAAAAAUAAAAUGUUGUUGACUUUUUAAAAGGAAACAAUCACCUGAAUCAUCAUUAAUGAAAGGAUGUAUUUUUUUAACAUAUCUACAUUUACAUUUGGAAUGCAUUCGACCAGUGUACGCAUUAAUUAUGUAACUAUAUGUGUAGCUAUAUGAUUAUAAUGAAUACAAUGAAGGACUCUAUAUCAGCCAAUUACUGUUAAUAUCCAAAAAUGAGAAUUGGUAGGGAAUUGGUAAUAGCAAUACAGCAAGGACAUUUAUUAGUUGAUGAAUAAAAACAUGAAUUAAAGAUGCUACUUACACUUCAUGUUCACUGUAGCUGCAAUUUUUAUGUAGCAAGGAUUUGUUUGAACUUUGAUCACUAGCACUACUGUACUACUUAGUAGGUGAUGAGAUUUUUAAAAUUGUUGCCAUAAAUUAUAUGAAAUGCAUGAAUUUGACUGCACUGUUAAAUUGCAGAUUGUUUAUGACUCUGUAAGCUACAACAGCACUCACAAAUAAACACUGGCCGAUAACUAAGCCUUA